UAUUUUAGAUAGAUUGUGCAUGCUUAUGUUUAACUAUUAAAAUUUGACAGACAUAUUGAAAUUUCAAUCAAUCUAUGCAUUCCAUUGUCCUCAAAUGUCAGGUGUGAAGCUCUGUUAUGAUCUUGACUGAAAAACGCUUCCUCAUGUACUGUAGGUGAAAUGCAACAGCUCUUUAAUCGCAUGCACCAGAGCUUCAUGGUUCUGGUCAGCACCUGAGGCACACCCCAUUCUAAGGGAUGUUAUCUCGGAGUCGUUCCAAUGAGCAAGAUGAAACAAAUGGGUCAGGUGAACUUCAGCAAAGAAUGUCUAAGAAAAAAGACCUUGGCAAAAAGAGGACCCAGAGUCCCAAGGUCAGUCAGAGCCUACGCAAGAAGAUCCAGAAGUUCCUCCAGGGAUCAGGGGAGUACACUGCCUAUGACUCCCAGCACUCUACCGUGGAGAUAGAGGAAGACAUGUUCAUCUGUGGCAUUAAGAGAGAUCCCUCUACUCAUGAGUGUAGUCUUUCAACCCAGCGUAGUUUUGAAAGUCAGACUAAAACCUCCAAGAGUGCCGUUAUUGGGCAGGGGAGGCGUAAUAGUGAUGGCAGUAUCACCAUUCCAUCCAUCAUGGGAAUGAAAGGAUUAGAGCCCAAAGUCCAAGCAGAAGAGAGUGGAUGUGUAGAUGGAAGAGGUGCCAUGGAUAAUAAACCAAGCCGAAGUAGGGACAAGGACAAGAAAAGAGAAGUAGGGUCAAGCACCAUAGUGGAGCACAUUUUGAAGGAGCUUCAGGGGAUUAAUAAAAUCCAAGAGGAGAUAUCAGAUUUGCGACAAUACCUGACAUCUGUAAGUGGCUCAGUAGAUGAGGUGUCUUGCUGCGUAGAUGCUGUACUUUUGGAAAUUGAGGAGCUGUAUUCAGUUGGUGCUGUAGGGAAUCCAUCACCUCAAAGAGUUGUGGCUCAUCAAAGAAGUCCAGAUAGGCAGAAUGCCGUUCCUCUCCCCCAAAGUAGAAAUAGUAGCCCAGUGGUAAAGCAUAGAAAAUUGGAGAAGAAUGAAGGUAGAUCUCUGUCGGCUAGACCGAACGAGUCAGGGUGGGAUGUGGAAACUGAUUACCGAGAUGUACCUAGAAGAACCAAAUUACACAAUCCCAAGGCUUCUGACAACUUGGAUGCACCCUGUUCCAGAUUUAAGAAGUCCAGCUACUGUCAUCUUUAUGGGCAAGAAUUUACAAGCACUAGUUCCUUAUCCUCAGGUCACAGUUCUAACAGUCGAGUUCAAGAAGGAAGUUAUUAUUCUAGGGAGGUUGACCAAGAGAACAAUGGUUGGAGACGUUCGGAAAUGCAGUUGAGCGUUAGUGGAGAAGGAGGAUGGAGUGGAGACACUGGAUGGAGUGAGGAGGAUUACUGCUCCUGCCAGAACAGCGCAGACGAAUUGGAAACUGUUGGACGCCCAGAUACAUGGUACAGGUACAAUGGUGGCGAGACCAGUCAUUCAUCACGUAGCAGCUCUGAACACCUAUCCUUACUGUUUGGAAACCAUGAUUCCCCAUCCAGCUCAUCCAGUGUUGUAGAUUGGAGGCAUCCUAAGAAUCAAACUAUCAGUGACAUUUGCUGUGACUGCACGUCAAAUUGCAUGUACUCUCGCAGUUCUGGAUACCACACCAUGGAUGCAUAUGCUGAUGAAUCAUGUAGUGGGCCUUCCCGAAGUCUUAGUUGUUCAACUGUUGGAAUGACAGACUAUGAUGACGGUUGCCAAAAUCUACACUCCUCAUGUGAGCAUUGCCUCUGUGAUGUGGACUUGGAGAAAGACUGGCCAGAUGGGGCUUGCACAGAUGUGUAUGAUCCAGAUUACUCUGAAAAUACGGACACUGAAGAGUCACAGCCAUCUAAUCUAGGAUAUGAUGUCUUAAAGAUAAGUAAAGCCAUGCUUACCUUCCACUCUGCUCUAAGGGGAGCCUUGACAAAGCUUGACACACCUGAACCCCAGUGUCUAGAUGAGGACACCACGUCUGUAGUCGCAAGUCCCUCCAUAUCCAAUGACCUUGAAGACGAUAGCACCACAUUCAGUGAAUCAAAUGUUGACACUGUUGAACCUUCUGAUGGUGCAACUUUAGAUCUCAGUGUGUCUCCUCAAAAAGGCAUCGAAGCUUCAUUCCAUGGGAAGGACUUGAGGGAAUUACUAAACCGUCAAUGUAAUUCUCAAGCCUUUGAUCCUCUACUAUCGACUCCUAGCACGAUUUCCCCUUCACAUACUCCAACUGAAUACUAUGCAUUAGACCACUUAGAUACUGUAGAGGUACCUCAAACAGAUCAGAAUCUGCAGUGUAUUCCAGAGCUUAGCCCAAAACACGUGGAUCUGAGUUCAGGCAUUGUUGAUUCUUGUGCUCAACAAAUGGCAUUUGGCUCAGGCAAUAUCAAAAUAAGUCUGGAGGGCACCAAUUCAGGAACACUGGAGACAGAUAUUAAUGGAAAACAGGCGGAGCAUAGUCUUGACAAUGAACCUGCCCUUGAAGACCCUCACCACCAGAAGUGCCUUGCCAAUAUUCAACGUGUGCUCAAAGAGAAGAGACAUCGACAUAGAUUAUACAGGAUUGCCAAUGCCUCAAAGAACACUUUCUCUGAAGAGGAAUUUAAACAAGAGGGAAGCAGGGAAGAUGACCAGGUCAUGAUUAUGUUUUGGUCAAUUCUCAGUGACCUUUUGGGCAAAGAAAAUGGAGAUAAUUCAAGACAUGCUUGGAUUAAAGCUGGAAAUGGGAGUGGAAUAUUUGGAAUUGACAGUAUGCCAGACCUUCGCAAGAAAAAAGCUAUUCCUCUGGUUAGCGAUGUGUCUCUGGUCCAAGCCAGGAAGGCUGGCAUUGCAUCGGCGAUGGCCUCGCGCUCCUCCAUAAAAGAUGAGGAACUGAAGAACCAUGUGUAUAAGAAAACGCUGCAAGCUUUAAUCUACCCCAUUUCUUGUACAACACCUCACAACUUUGAGGUAUGGACGGCCACAACGCCCACCUACUGUUACGAGUGUGAGGGGCUUCUUUGGGGCAUUGCGCGGCAGGGCAUGCGCUGCACGGAGUGCGGGGUCAAAUGUCACGAGAAGUGUCAGGAGCUGCUGAAUGCAGACUGCCUGCAGCGUGCGGCUGAAAAGAGCUCCAAACAUGGUGCAGAGGACCGCACUCAGAACAUCAUAAUGGCCAUGAAGGAUCGCAUGAAGAUCCGUGAGAGGAACAAGCCUGAGAUCUUUGAGGUCAUCCGAGAUGUGUUUGUGGUCAGCAAGGCUAUCCAUGCUCAGCAGAUGAAGACCAUCAAGCAGAGUGUCCUGGAUGGAACGUCCAAGUGGUCAGCCAAGAUCACCAUCACAGUUGUCUGUGCUCAAGGACUGCAGGCUAAAGAUAAGACCGGUUCCAGUGACCCCUACGUGACUGUCCAGGUGGGUAAAACCAAAAAGAGGACCAAGACGAUCUACGGCAACCUCAAUCCUGUCUGGGAGGAAAAGUUUCAUUUUGAAUGCCACAACUCCUCUGAUCGCAUCAAAGUUCGUGUUUGGGAUGAAGAUGACGACAUAAAAUCACGAGUAAAGCAGCGUUUAAAGAGAGAAUCUGAUGACUUCUUGGGCCAAAGCAUCAUUGAGGUUCGCACACUGAGUGGAGAAAUGGACGUCUGGUACAACCUUGAGAAAAGAACGGACAAGUCUGCUGUUUCUGGUGCCAUCCGUCUUCAGAUCAGUGUGGAAAUUAAGGGUGAAGAGAAAGUGGCCCCCUACCAUAUCCAGUACACCUGUCUACAUGAGAACCUCUUUCAUCACAUCACAGAUGUCCUCGGUCAGGGUGUGGUGAAAAUCCCAGAAGCCCGUGGCGAUGAUGCCUGGAAAGUGUACUUUGACGAUGUGCCACAAGAAAUAGUGGAUGAAUUUGCAAUGCGCUAUGGGAUUGAAUCCAUCUACCAGGCCAUGACGCACUUUGCAUGUCUCUCGUCUAAGUAUAUGUGUCCCGGGGUCCCUGCUGUGAUGAGCACCCUGCUGGCCAACAUCAACGCCUACUACGCCCACACCACUGCAUCCACCAAUGUCUCCGCUAGCGAUAGAUUUGCUGCAUCCAACUUCGGGAAAGAAAGGUUUGUCAAGCUGUUGGAUCAGCUGCACAAUUCCCUGCGCAUUGACCUCUCAAUGUAUCGAAACAACUUCCCUGCAAGCAGUAAGGAGCGUUUACAGGACCUCAAAUCUACUGUGGACCUCCUGACCAGCAUCACCUUCUUCAGAAUGAAGGUCCAGGAACUGCAGAGUCCCCCGAGAGCUAGUCAGGUUGUGCGAGACUGUGUCAAAGCCUGCCUCAACUCCACGUAUGACUACAUCUUCAACAACUGUCAAGAGCUGUACAGUCGCCAGUAUCCUCAGAUCGGAGACACGCAUAAGGAGGAGUGCACCCCAGAAGAUCAGGGCCCAAGCAUCAAGAACUUAGAUUUCUGGCCCAAACUCAUUACACUGAUAGUGUCCAUCAUUGAGGAGGACCGUAACGCCUAUACACCAGUCCUAAACCAGUUUCCUCAGGAGCUGAAUGUGGGAAAGUUGAGUGCGGAGGUCAUGUGGAAUCAGUUCUCUCAGGAUAUGAAGUACGCCAUGGAAGAACAUGAAAAACACCGGCUGUGUAAGAGCGCAGACUACAUGAACCUGCACUUCAAGGUCAAAUGGCUGUAUAAUGAAUACGUGAAGGACCUGCCAGCUUUCAAGGGAGUUGUGCCCGAAUACCCCACGUGGUUCCAGCAGUUUGUGCUGCAGUGGCUGGAUGAGAACGAGGAUGUGUCCAUGGAGUUCAUGCAUGGAGCCCUGGAGAGAGAUAAAAAAGACGGAUUCCAGCAGACAUCAGAGCAUGCUCUCUUCUCAUGUUCGGUGGUGGACGUCUUCACCCAACUCAACCAGAGCUUUGAGAUCAUCAAGAAACUGGAGUGUCCUGACCCCAAAGUCAUGGCCCUCUACAGCCGCCGGUUCGCCAAGACCAUUGACAAAGUUCUGCUACAGUACAGUGCCAUUUUGAAGAAGAGCUUCCCGUCCUAUUGUGAUAAGGAGAAGAUUCCAUGCGUCUUGAUGAAUAAUGUCCAGCAGUUGCGUGUCCAGCUUGAGAAGAUGUUUGAAUCUAUGGGUGCCAAACAGUUGGACACAGAGGCCAGUGACGUCCUGAACGAUCUCCAGGUCAAGCUGAACAACGUCUUGGACGAGCUGAGCAGCACCUUUGGAAACACUUUCCAGAGCCGCAUCGAUGACUGCAUGCGUCAGAUGGCCAGCCUGCUGUACCAGAUCAAGGGUCCAGUGAAUGCCAACACCCGCAACCAGGUGGAGGCCGACUCUGAUAACAUGCUGCGACCACUGAUGGACUUCCUGGAUGCAAAUCUGAUGCUGUUUGCCUCGGUGUGUGAGAAAACUGUGCUGAAGCGAGUGCUGAAGGAGCUGUGGAGAAUUGUGAUGAACAGUCUUGAGAAGACCAUCAUCCUUCCUCAGGGCAAUGACACCUUUGGAAUGAUCUUUUCAGCGGCUAAAGAACUGGGUCAGCUCUCCAAACUCAAGGAUUUGUUUUGUUGUGUAGGUUAAAGAUUUAUGGUCAAGCAGUGUGCGGUCAUGGACGUGGCCCUUGAUACCAUAAAGCAAUACUUCCACGCUGGAGGAAAUGGUCUGAAGAAGGCCUUCCUGGAGAAGAGACAUGCACUGUCCCUCUAUACGCAGACCACCGACACUCUUAUCAAGACCUUUGUGACUACUCAGCAUGUUUGUGUGCAUAAUGGGAAGGGUAUGAGGAUAACACCUAGUGAGAAAAUACAACCGUCUAGGGGCUCAGGAGUUGAUAAACCAGUAGGGGAAGUAUCUAUACAGAUUGACCUCUUCACUCACCCGGGCACAGGAGAGCAUAAAGUUACAGUUAAAGUUGUUGCUGCUAAUGAUCUGAAGUGGCAGACAUCUGGGAUGUUCCGGCCAUUUGUGGAGGUCACCAUGAUCGGCCCUCAUCUCAGCGACAAGAAGCGCAAGUUCACCACCAAAUCAAAGAACAACAGCUGGGCGCCCAAAUUCAAUGAGACCUUCCAUUUUAUUCUUGGGAACGAGGAUGGGCCGGAGUGUUAUGAGCUGCAGGUGUGUGUGAAGGACUACUGCUUCGGCCGUGCGGACCGUGUGGUCGGUAUCGCCAUCAUACAGCUGCGUGAUGUUGUGCCGAGGGCCAGCUGCGCCUGCUGGUGUCCACUGGGCCCACGGAUACACAUCGAUGACACGGGCCUCACCGUCAUGCGCAUCCUCUCCCAACGCUCAGGUGACGAGGUGGCCAAAGAGUUUGUGAAACUCAAGUCUGAGACACGCUCGGCCGAAGAGGGGAGGUGAGGAUGUUCCUACAGAAGAAGACAAUCUCAGACUCUUAAGUGUUGGCUGGAUGUCAACACUGUCACCUUUGUUUUUGCUGCCCACUGACACCCACAGAGAAGGGCUUUCAGCAGCACGAAAGAGGCCAUGUGACAUGUUUUAUAAAGAGCACUGUUAGUGUAGCAGUGGAUGAGGGGGAGUCAUCCAGAAGAAAAGAAUGAACACAAUAUUUUUUUCCCCGUAUAUUGAUAUAAAAAACACACUCACACAUCCAGCCACUAACAAACUAGUAAAGGACUAGUUAGGGUAGAUACCAGUAGUGAGGGAUAGACAAACAGUCCUAGGUUGUAUUGUGCCAAAAUUUAGUCUAAUUUAGAUUUUUGUCCAUUGGAUAUUUUUUAGAUGAUGCAUAUGGGUGAAUCUCAAGAAAACAUUUAGCUCAAAAAUUAAAUAUACAAUUAUAUAAAUAUACAAUAUAAUUAAAUAUUACAUGAAAUAUAAUUCAAAGAAGAAAUUAUUACAUUAAAUUAAUAAAAUAGGAAAUACAAUAUUACAUUUAUAAUGAAUUCUGUUUUUUAAAAAAUUGUACAUUUGGAAUUAUUUUCUUGACUAAUAAGUUAAUUUCCUUCGGAAACUCUCAUAUUUAUUUAUUAAUUGUUU